AUGCUGCGCAGCUACUCCGGACAACUCUGCCAGGUCCAGCGUCAGGCAGAGGUCAGCGUUCGCUUUGGCUUCAGGGAGUCAACCCUUCCCCUUUACUUAACGAAGGGGUCGUCGCCGACGCUGCUGGGCCGAAACUGGAUUCAUGCACAAGGCGUUCUUCUGCGAGAGUUCCAGAAAGGCAGCCUGCAUGUGGUACAAGCCGUCCCCAGCCUCCUGACCAAGUUCAAGUCCCUGUACGAGCCCGCGAUGGGCACAUUCGCCGGCACGACGGCUGACAUCUAUGUACCUGAGGGAGCCCAGCCACGUUUUUUCAAGCCUCGCCGACUGCCGUUCGCCGUGAAAGAAGGGGUAACCCAGGAGCUGCAGCGGUUACAGCGAGAGGGCAUCCUGGUUACCAUCAACCCUGUCGCGACCACCGAGAAGUACCCGUUGCCCCGGAUUGAAGAUCUCUGGUCAGCAUUGUCCGGUGGACAGAAGUUUACCAAGCUCGAACUCAGAGAUCCUUACCAGCAGCUGGUGCUCCAGGAUGCUUCCCGGAAGUAUAUCACAAUAUCGAGAACUUUGGGGCUCUUUCAGUACGCGCGCUUACCGUUUGGCGUGGCCUUGGCCCCAGUCGUAUUCAAAAUGGAGAUGGACAACCUCUUCAGGGGCACGAGGCACGAGGCGGUGUACUUCGACGACAUCUUGGUUACUGGCAGCGACGACGGGGACUACCUGCAGAACCUGCGCAACGUCCUGGCAGGCCUAGCACCGGCUCCCCGCAAAAUUGAUGCUGUGCUCAAGGCACCUAAUCCCCAGAAAAAGAGGAGCUUCAGAGCUACCUGGGACUUAUCAACUUCUACGGGAGUUUUCUGCCGAACCUGUCGCAGCAGCUACGGCUGCUCCAUCUGCUACUUCGAGAUGACCAACAAUGGGCCUGGAAAUGCGUCGCCGUACGGUGUGGGAGCCGUCCUGGCAAACCGGGACAAAGAUGACCAGGAACGGUCUGUGUCGUUUUCUUCUCGACGGUUUCAUACUGCAGAGCAACCUUAUAGCCAGCUCGACAAGGAGGAUUUGGCCCUCAGGUUCGGCGUCGAACGCUUCCACUAUUAUCUGUGUGGCCAGAAGUUCGAGGCGGUCACGGACCACAAGCCGCUGUUGGGGCUGCUGGGGCCUGACAAGGCAGCUCCGGACCUGGCACCUGCUGAUGCCCUGAGCCGCCUGCCCCUGCCAGAGGUGCCUGAUGCUGUUCCAGAACCUGCUGAAGUGUGCAUGCUGGAACACGCGCACCCGGAGGUGUUCUCCAGAUCUGCGGUAUCUGAAGCGACCAGCCGGGAGCCAGUCCUGUCUCAGGUGGUCAAGGUGGUGUCCCGUGGAGAGGAAUUGGUGCAGCAGGCCAUAGCCACAAGGCCGCUGAGCUGA